AUGAACAUAUUAACAGCAGAUUGUGUGAUUAUUUGGUGGUGCUGGAUCCUAUGGGGAAGGAAUUGGAGGAUCAUCGUCCUUCCUUCAAUAUAUGCACUUUGUGGAACACUGCUCAUCAUGUACUGGCUGGUUCAACAAAUCAUGGAGAUCAUGGUAGAAUCAGCCCUAUUAUAUGUCAUCAUGCUAGUGGUCUACAUCCCAUUCAUCAUAAUAGAUAAUCCAUACAGUCUUUAUCUGCAAGUGGUUCUGGUUUCUGUUACAGGCUUCAUGCCAACUUUGAUACUCCUUCAUGUCACCUCUGGAAAUCAAUCCGGGAACAUGAAUCCAGUUUCACCAGAUAAUAAUAUACAUUCAGCAGGUUUACAAAGCCAGUCAAAAUUGAGUGCAAAGAGCAGUGUUACAUGCAUAGAUGAGAAGCAUGCAAAGCUCAUUAUUCCAGCAAAAAGUGGGGAAGUUGUAUGA